ACUGUCCAGGUCGCCUGUCAGUCUUUGGUCAAGCCUGAGAGCCGUUAGUCGACACCGAGAGACUCGAGCCGCAGUCGCGAUCGGUUCGGUUUCUCUCGAAUUUCAACAGCCGAUCGUUCAUCUUCCACCUCGUAAUUCGUGGAGCAAGUCGUUCUUGCGACUAUACCGAUUUAAACUGCCGAUUGUGCUUUGACGCUAACAUCAUGAUAAGGGAAAUAUUUGUGCUAAUUUUCGUUGCGUGUUUCACCGCCGAUUUCGCCGCCGCAACCGAAGUUCUCGAUUGUGCUACCGGCGAGCUUGACAAGAGUGGCAGGGCAGUUUCGAUAUCGAAGUGCGUCCAGCCGCCAUGUUUGCUGAAACGAAAGACGACGAUUGACGUCGAGCAGCAUUUCGUGCCGAACAGAGACGUCCGUUCCUUGACGACGAGCGUCAACGCGAACGUCCUUGGAAUUCCGUUGCCCUUCGUCGGCGUCGACGGAUCCAACGCCUGCAAUCUGAUCUACAACACCGACGGAUCGAAGGCGAGCUGUCCGCUGGCCAAGGGCAAGGAAUACGUGUAUAAAAACAGCUUCCCAGUUCUCCAAAUUUAUCCAAAGCUCGUCCUGAAGGUUCACUGGGCUUUGACCGAGGGCCAGGAAACCAUCGCAUGCUUCGAAGUGCCGGCGCAAAUAACGUAAUGCCAAAUUCACAAAUGUAGCAAUCGUCCGCACUGCAUUCACCGGUAAUAAUUGUCACACAGUUGUUGGCGUUUUUAACAUUACCAUUACAUUUUUUCUCCAUUUAUACGAAAUGAUAUUCUUGCAACGUUUUCUUUUGUUAAUUUUUUCAUUUUUUUUUUGUGUAUUUUAAUAUUGGAUAAUGGGUAAAAAAAAUUUGAAACAAGGGACAGAGGGGGAAAAAAAAGAUCCCAUGAAAUCCCAUCAUGAAUUUUCUUUUCCUUUAUUUAUUUAUUUUUUUUUUUUUCAAUCUCACCAUCACAGAUCUAUACGUAAGUAUCAGUAAUUUUUAUUACAUACCUACGUGUAAUACAAUUAUAAAAUGUUAUAGAUGUGUAAGGAAAGUGGAAUAAAAGUUUGUAAAAUUUUCA